GUGCCAGGACAGUGCACGAGCGUCAUUCGGCGCGUACUGAGCGAAAAGCGAAAGAGAGAGAGAGCCGCCGCGCCGUCGGAGGACCAACACGAGAGCGACCGCGCCGUCGUCGUCGCAGUGCCGUCAGCGUCGUCGUUGUCGUCGUAGUCGUAGUCGUAGUAAAUACGAGACGCAGUCGUGAGAUAGUCUGCGAUCGGGUGGUCAAACCGUCUUGCCUCUUCGCGCGGAUUUCUUAGUGCGACACGAGACGGGAAGUUCCUGUCGAGGGAUCGAAUUCCACGGCGAACGACGUGUCACGCGCGCGUCCCCUAGAACGGAUACCUACGAUCCAGAUAUAGCGGCCGGCUCAAAAAUCACUUGAUGCGCUGAGGAUGCGCCGUGAUUUCCGCAACGGUGGGCUUGCCUGCGCCGUUGUUGUGUGGGUGUCGUCGACCUGCCUGCUCGUCCUCUCACUGUCAUCAUCGAUCACCACUGCAGAGCCGUCACUGCGGUCCGUCGGUCGAUGUCCCUCCUUCGUCGAGCAGAACGUAUGUCCGUCCAGGUCGCCAGGCUGCGAGAAUGACUUCCAGUGCCAAAGUGCGGAGGAACGCUGCUGCGAGACCGCGUGCGGUCUCCGCUGCGUCGUCGGCGAGCUGAGCGGCUGUGAGCAAUUGGCGUUGGCGGCCGUGAGACGGUCACGAGGACCUGCAACGUCCCGCAGACCACCGCAAUUCGUGCCCCGAUGCAGCAACGAGACCGGCGAGUUUGAGAGGGUGCAGUGCGAGCCGGAGGGACGCAAUUGCUGGUGCGUCAACGAGCUCGGCAUCGAGGUCCCCGGCACCAGGGCGCCGAGCAAGGAAGUCGUCGACUGCGACAAGCCGCGUGCCUGUCCAGCUCACAGCUGCCGUAUGUUCUGCCCCUUGGGAUUCGAGAUCAACGAGAGCACAGGUUGUCCCAAGUGCGAAUGCCGCGAUCCUUGUCGCGGCGUCACCUGCCCAGGUGUAGGUCAGACGUGCGAGCUUAUCGACGUGAGCUGCGCGCGACCUCCGUGUCCUCCUGUACCCAGCUGUCGUAAGGCGAAGUCCCUGUUGACGAUCUGUCCGGUGGGUGAGCCGCUGCAAAUCACGGACUCGCCGCGACCGUUCCUCUGCGGCGACAGACCCGGCAAACCGACCUGCCCGCCGAUGUACAGCUGCCUGGUGGAGCCCCAGCAAGAAUACGGGGUGUGUUGUCCGUCGAAUGUGCGGCUGCAACGGGUCGGUGAGUGUCCCGUGGACGAUCUGACGACGACGACGGAGUGUGGAUCCACUUGUCGCUACGAUCUGGAGUGCCCCAGUCCGCAAAAGUGCUGCAACAACGAACGCUGCGGCGGUAACGUGUGCGUGGUACCACGCGGUCUCAGCGUGUGCAAUCGGGACCGCGUGCUCGCGGAGAUGCUCAGCGUCUCCGAGCGUCAGGGUCGCGGUUACGUUCCUCAGUGCACGGAAGAUGGAAAUUACGAGACAAGGCAGUGCUCGAGGAAUGGUCUAGUUUGCUGGUGCGUGGACGACAGAGGUAGAAAGAUAUCCGGUUCAAUGGGUCCCGCGGAGAAGAUCGACUGCAAAUCGAUAAUCAAGGCGCGCUCUCUUCCAGCGUCUUGCACGCCUCAGCAGUGCGCCCAAGUCUGCCAAUACGGCUUCAAAACGGAUGUUUCCGGUUGCCCAACUUGCGAAUGCGACGACCCGUGCGAGGGAUUUCCUUGCCCGGAAGGACAAGAAUGUAUAUUGAAACGCGAGGAUGGCUGUCCUGAUUUUCUCUGUCCGACAAAACCGGAAUGUAAACCCAAGAAAACUUACAAAAGCCCCUGCCUACCCAGUACACCGCUAAUUGAUCAGAACGGGAAUGCUGCGACUUGUGCCUCGAACGAAACUUGUCCCGACGGCUACAAGUGCACGAUGGUGCCAGAGGCCGGUCAAUCUGUGUGCUGCAUGGAAACAUCAAGCCCUACAAAAGCACCUACUAUGUGCGAGUACUUGCGGGACUUCAACGAUCGUAUGGAGGGCACGAGAGAAGGUAUGUUUUUGGCCAUCCCGGCACCUCAGUGCGAGUCGGAUGGUAGUUAUCAGGCUCUGCAGUGUCACAAUAACAGCUGCAGUUGCGUGAACCAUCGCGGCGUGAUGCUGAAGACCGGAUUGGAUCCCUCCACUGCUGACUGCAGCAGCACCGUGAAGGAGCUCGCGAGAACCUGCCAACGCUUGUACUGCAACCUAAUCUGUCCGUACGGAUAUGAGCUGGACGCAGCCGGCUGCGAGCAAUGCCGUUGCCACGAACCGUGCCGCGACGUCACUUGUGGUCCUCACGAGGCUUGCACGAUGAUCGACGUCAACUGCGGUCAAGAUCAGUACUGUCCCGCUGUACCUGCCUGCCUAACCACCAAACCGGGCCAAUGUCCGUACUUAGUACCGAGCUCGUCGAGCUGCGAGCUGCAGUGCAGCAACGAUCAGGAGUGUCCAUCCGGCGACAAGUGUUGUUCGACCGGUUGCGGCACGCAAUGUGUAUCACCGGUGAUGGCCACAGCAUGUCAGCACGCUCGCGCGGUUGCCGAGCACGCAGCUCGCGAGUCCGGCGAGCCCGCUCGCAGGAUCUACAUACCCAGAUGCGACGUGAACGGCGCGUUUGAGCCAGUACAGUGUCACAAUGGCGUAUGCUGGUGCGUAGACGAAGAGGGCAAGGAAGCGGCUGGUACACGAGUCCUCGAAGGCAUCGUGCCACGUUGUAACACACCUCUCAGGUGCCCAGAGAUCAACUGCAAGUUAGACUGCGCGGAUGGCUACGAGCCGGAUCCAAAUACCGGUUGUCCGACGUGUUCGUGUCGAGAUCCGUGCCGAAGUGUAACUUGUCGCGGCGAAAACGAGGCGUGCAGGAUGGUGGAAGUGGCGUGCAGUGCACCUCCGUGUCCACCUGUACCGGUUUGCCUACCGAAGAAAGAUAAUCCGUGUCCAAACGGCUCUCCGUUGCUCGACUCGGACGGUACUGUGGCCACUUGCGGCCCUCAUGGCCAUCAUUGCCCAUCCACGCACAAGUGCGAGUUGUCGCCAUUGGACGAGUACGCAGUCUGUUGUCCCAAGCCACGCGACGUGUGCUUUGAGCCACCCAAACGGGUACCCUGCAAUCCGAACGCGUCCGGCUUCAACGAGACUGAGAGAUGGUACUUUGAUCCGGAGCGCAACGAGUGUCGACGUAAACACGAGUGCACCCUUGGCCACAACGACUUUGCCAGCCGAUUGGUGUGCGACACCGUGUGUCCCGUGUUGUCGCAAUGCGAGAGACUGCGCGAGAAGAACUUGAAAAGGUCGCAGAGAUUGAAACGACCCACGUUCCUGCCUAAGUGCAAUCCAGACAGUGGCACAUGGGAGCCGGUGCAGUGUCUGGAGCACGUCGGAGUCUGCUGGUGUGUCAAUCGGAAAGGUCAGCCUGUGAAGGGUUCGCUUACUAGGGGAGAGGAGCCCAAGUGCAAUUUCCGGCAAGCUAGACGGGGUAGUCGGGGACAGCAGUCGCAAGAGAUCGACCGGGAGAUUCAAGCGAUCAUGGAGGACGCUUUGCUGAAUUUAGAGACGACGGACGAGAGGCAAACGGAAAGGCUCAUGGGCACCAGAUGUCAGGCGAUGAAGGAAAAGGGUCAUGUGCCGGCGAUAUGCGACCCGCAGGGUAGAUUCGAGCCCAUGCAGUGCGCCGGUGAUACUUGCUGGUGCGUCGACGAAGCGGGCAAUCAGCUCAUUGGAUCGGAACCGUUCUUGAAGGGAACGAGCAUCUGUCUACCAACGCCGGUUGAGGCGGUAGAGGUGACACUACGUUUCCCCGGUCGAUUUCUCGCUACUGACAAAGCGCGAUUUGUGAAGGAAGCCGAGAACUUUUUACAGGAGCUCGGAGCGAGGCUGAAAAAAGAUGUGCGGGUGGAGAUCAAUCAGGACUCAGCGAUCUUGAGCUUCGAGAUCGUCGGCGCAAACAAGGUGGAUGUGGCGUUCCAUUUGGAGGAACUCACGCGGAUCCAAAAGCUUUCCAUGCUGGGCUCGUCCGCGGAUGCGACCACGUCGCGCUUCACGCAUCGCUCUGCUCCUGUUACGAUGCACGGCAGAAUUGUUGCAUUGGAGCAGCGCGAGAUUCUCACCCAAGUGGAAACGCCGGUCUAUCAAACGGCGACGGUUGUGCUUGCGGCAGGAAGCGCCUUCGUAAUCAGCAGUCUCGUCAUUCUGUUGAUGUUGUAUCGCAAAAAGAUGAAAAUGAAGGAUCAUAUGAAAGCGCUUCCGAUGGAUCAACAUUUCCUCGCCUACAGCCAACAGCCGGUUUACGUAAUAUCGGGAUCGGAGCAGGACGAGAAGGAAAAAGAGGCUGCCGCGCAUAUGAUUGAGGACAUUCAUACUACGGACACCAUCGUAGGAGCAUAAGCGAUUCGACACUUCUCACUUGGGUCAACGUCUCCGUCUUGUACGGUAGUGAUUCGCAAAGCCUGGCUCAUCGGAAGCGCAUAAAAUCUACGAUUCGCUGACAGGCAUCCAUCGAUAUAUAACGUAUAUGGCUACAUAACGAUAUAUAACGUAUAUGGCUACACAGGGACGUCGGUCGAUACCCUUCGAAGCAUGUUACGUUCAGCCAACGCUUCCGGAGGCUGAUGAGCGCGCGUCAAUCACGAUUAAUUCUCGGUCCGCCGAACUUUUGAGUCUACAAAAGACCCCUCUCUGUCUCUGCGAUUUAUUUUCUACAGCGCGUCCGAUGAAUCCUACAACCAGCGAUUAAGACGAUUCCUUGUAAGGAAAUAAGUAAAAACUUACGUUAAAAAAGUAUUUGAUAUUUAUGAUUUUUAAGUACGAAUAUUUAAAUUUUUAACAUACAAUAUAUAUAUAUACAGGGUGUUCAAAAAGUCCCGGACCGGUGAAAUAUCUCGAAAACUAAGCAU